ACCUSAGCAAUGUCGUAUUCARUGUUAYAUGGAACCAAGRUGUGUGUCCACCAACUUUGAUCAAAACCCUGCCAACUCUGCCAACUGCCAGCUGAGUUCUUCUGAGKCUGAAACACACCCACGUGACUUGGUUUACAAACUGGGAAUGAUCUACCAAGGAACAAAGAACAACUGUCGGAAUAUCACGUGUCCACCAAUGAUGGAGUGUCAUUCAGGGUAUAAACCACAGGGAUACCAAUGCGUAUAUCCUGACAAGUGCUGCAAAGUUCUAAAUAAGAGAGUCUUGUACUUUCCACGCAAGUCAGUAGAUGACUACAUCAAGUUGAACACAUYGUUCAAUACCAACUUGACAGCUUUCACUCUUAGUCUGAUGGCCCAAUUCCAGCCCAUUGAAGUACGACACGAAGUUGUACCAUUCUCCCUAGCGAGUGAAACCAUGUCAAACCACUUAGGCAUCUUUAUGGACAACAAUCUUUUCUAUCUAUAUGUUUCUAAUAAAAAUAUAAAAGUCCAGAUUGCAAUAGAUGAUGGCAAGUGGCAUCAUAUUUGUGCAACAUGGGAAAGCUCUUCAGGCAACUGGCAGGUUUAUAUUGAUGGACACAUGCGUGGCAAGGGAAGCAACCUAGCAGCAGGUCAAACCAUUACAAAUGGCAUUGCAAUCAUUGGACAAGACCAGGAUAACCUGGGCGGAAGAUUCCAACAAAAACAGAGUUUUGUUGGAAACCUCACAAGCAUGAGCCUCUGGGACAGAGUUCUCUCACCAUAUAAUGGAUCCCUUUCAUUCCUGAUCAACUAUGAAUGCCAUCCUCAACUAGGGCAGGUACUCAGCUGGGAGGAUAUUUUGAAAGGGAAAUGGCAUGGUACUAUUAAGGAAAUUCAGGGGUAAAAUGGUCGCUCACCACAUUUUUUUAAUAAC